UACCGCGUAAAAGACUAAAAGCAAAAGAAAAAACUAAAAUAAAAGUCGGUAUUGGCUUCGAAGCAGAGCCAUAAAAUCACCUGUAUUAAGCAAUCUCUUCCUUAAAUCCAACCAUUAAAAACCCUCGUUUCUUAAACAUCAGAUCGGAUCCUUGAAGCCUCCAUCGAUUCAUUUUUGGUACGGUUUUCGUAGUAUCGAUCAAACAUGAGUUUCCUCUUUGGGAAGAGAAAAACUCCCGCAGAGCUUCUGCGGGAGAAUAAGAGGAUGCUGGACAAAUCUAUUAGAGAGAUAGAGAGGGAGAGGCAAGGUCUUCAGAACCAAGAGAAGAAACUGAUUGCAGAGAUAAAGAAAACUGCAAAGCAAGGGCAGAUGGGAGCUGUAAAGGUGAUGGCGAAAGACCUUAUCCGAACUCGACAUCAAAUUGAAAAGUUCUAUAAGCUGAAAUCACAGCUCCAAGGCGUAUCUCUUCGAAUUCAAACAUUGAAAUCAACACAAGCAAUGGGAGAAGCAAUGAAAGGCGUGACAAAGGCAAUGGGCCGGAUGAACAGGCAGAUGAACUUGCCGUCGUUGCAGAAAAUUAUGCAAGAAUUCGAGAUGCAGAACGAGAAGAUGGAGAUGGUUAGUGAGGUAAUGGGUGACGCUAUUGAUGAUGCUCUGGAAGGUGAUGAAGAAGAGGAAGAAACAGAAGAACUUGUGAGCCAAGUUCUCGAUGAAAUCGGAAUCGAUAUCAAUCAAGAGCUUGUCAAUGCACCAUCAGCUGCUGUUUCUGCACCAGCUGCAAAGGGUAAGGUUGCACAGGCAGAAGCAACCGGGAAUGACGACGGUGGGAUAGAUAGUGACUUACAAGCAAGGCUAGACAAUUUGAGAAGGAUGUAGUAAGUAUGCUUAAUUACUCUUGUAUACAAUAUAAAAAUUCCCUCCGUUGUGGAAGGCGAAAAUACAUUUGGAUUGUAACAUUUGGGAAAACUUGUGCCAGAGUUUAUCGAGUGUCAAGGUAUGGAAAUACACAGUAACUAUAAUAAAUUUACUUCUUUUGUAAA